UAACCGCCCGAAUGCUGGCGUGUGAUUUCUUCUCGCGUAAUUGUGUGCACGAUUCGGGUGGUGUGUGCGCGCUGUGCAGUGUGUAGCAUCUUGAACCUCGUUCACGUCGUGAGCAGCUCCUAGACUCCAAGUAAAAAAAGAGAUAAACUUUUCGUAUCGUUGGAUCGGGACGCACUGCGACCAAAUGUCGUCACCCCGUUGAAUUUCCCAAGAUGCACACGUUUACCUCUGAUCGAGGGUAAACCGAAUUCUGCUGCUUCAAUCAAUAUACACAAAUUGCUGUAAGAUAAUGUUGCAUGAUGCUAAUUCCUCGAAAUGAUGACCAGUCAUGAUUUGUGGAAGUCAUAACCAGCUCUGACGGCCAAAGGAAUGACUAUAAAUGUCUACUUCUGCAUUCAUAUGUUGGUAGCAGUAGCAGGGUGAGCGGUGGAUGCAGCGUAGUUAGUAGCCGAUCCUUUUGGCUCAGCGACGGUGGCAGUGCAAUUAGUUUAGUUAAGAACAGUAACGAAGACGUCAACGAUCUUGUGACAAUGGCGCUGCCAAGCAGAGCACGAGUUUAUUCGGACAUCAAUUCACACAAGCCUCGCGAGUACUGGGACUACGAGUCCUACGUCGUUGACUGGGGUCAACAAGAUGAUUACCAAUUAGUCAGAAAACUGGGCCGGGGGAAAUACAGCGAAGUAUUUGAAGCCAUUAAUGUCACAAAUAAUGAAAAGUGUGUCGUCAAAAUAUUAAAGCCAGUAAAGAAGAAGAAGAUAAAGAGAGAGAUCAAAAUUCUGGAAAACUUGAGGGGUGGGACCAAUAUUAUCACACUACAGGCAGUUGUCAAAGACCCGGUUUCAAGGACACCAGCAUUAAUAUUCGAACAUGUUAAUAACACCGACUUCAAACAGCUCUACCAGACCCUUACGGAUUAUGACAUACGAUACUACCUCUAUGAAUUGUUAAAGGCUUUGGACUAUUGCCAUAGUAUGGGAAUAAUGCAUAGAGAUGUAAAGCCGCACAACGUGAUGAUCGAUCAUGAAAAUCGAAAGCUGCGGCUAAUUGACUGGGGAUUAGCAGAAUUUUAUCAUCCGGGACAGGAGUACAACGUACGUGUAGCGUCUCGCUAUUUUAAGGGCCCAGAGCUGCUAGUCGACUACCAGAUGUACGAUUACUCCUUGGAUAUGUGGUCGCUAGGCUGUAUGCUGGCGAGUAUGAUAUUUAGGAAAGAACCAUUUUUCCAUGGACACGACAACUACGACCAGCUGGUGAGAAUCGCCAAGGUCCUAGGAACAGAGGAGCUCUUUGAGUACCUGGACAAGUAUCACAUUGAACUAGAUGCUCGUUUCAACGACAUUUUGGGACGACACUCGCGCAAGCGUUGGGAACGCUUUGUACAUUCUGAAAACCAGCAUCUUGUUUCGCCCGAGAGCCUUGACUUCCUUGAUAAACUUCUGCGCUAUGACCAUUAUGAAAGACUCACUGCGCGUGAAGCAAUGGACCACCCAUAUUUUUAUCCUAUAGUAAAGGAACAAGGUCGGCUUACCAUGGUGUCGUCGUCACCUACUCCCAUGACGGGCUCACUGCCUGUAGUUGAGUAGCGGCCCAGAUGACCACAGCGUGGCAGCGGGCAGAAUGCCGGUACCAGUUGCGGUUUCCGGGUCGGCCGGGCUAGGGGUCGGGGACGGGGUCGAAGGAGGGGGAGGGGGCCCUAUCGAAGAGCCCCCACCCCCCCAACCGAUUUCCCAGCUUAUAUAAAUUCAACAUCCCUAAAUUAUCGAAUAACCCCAAAGCUACUUCUGAACACAAUAGAACAUCAGACAUACAGUAUCGUCAACGUGAUACCAUUGCGCACCACUAGAAUCCAGUUUGAGGCCAACGAGUCAGUUGAACCUUUAAAUACAGAGACCAUUCGUUAUUUUAACUUCGACAGCGCCGAACUUGCUCUUCAGAUCCCUCGCAGCUUGUCUGGUGUUGACGUCAUUCAAAUUUCUAAAAUGUUGAAGAUGAUUGUGCGAUGGAUUUGCAGCGUCUUGUCAUCAAAAACUAGCCGUAACCAUUCUAACCAAUUGUUAAUAAUACUGGGUGUCUAUUUAAUUAUGAUAACGGUGUGCGGACUGUCUCUGUGGCUUGUGAUACAACCGCUCAUAAAAAAAUGACGUCGCCAGAUCACACAUUUAAGUCCUGAUUUUUUCACAGAUUGUUCACAUUUACGAAUACACCGAUAGCUAUAAUAGGUCAUUCAAUUUACUAUAUUUAACGAUGAUAAAAAUGUUCAUUUAUAUCUGAUACCACUAUAAUAGCUGAAUAAAAUGUUUGUUAUAGCCAACAUUUUUUUUCAACAUCUGUAUACCUGUAUCCAACAUAUUAACUUUUACCGAAUGUAAUUUUUGAGCAUUACGAACUUCUUGCAGUAAUAUUCAUGAGAAAUUUAAUACGAAGGCUAAUAUGCUGUUGCUGAGUAUUCAUGGAUUAACUUAAUUGCUUGUUUCACUGUGACAAUUGGAGUAAUCAAUGGAAAACUUGAAUGAAUUAUUAGUUCCGAUGCACUUGGUCGUCAAUAUGAAACAAUAUUAUAGAAAGAAUUAUUGUUGGUGCAUCCCAUCUUCAUUUAUAAACUUGGCAAAUUAAAUCAAGAUUCAUCUUUUAAAACAUAACGUAAUUAACAUACGUCAUCACAUAGUGUCGGUAUAUUUAUAAUAUUAUGUUUUGAAAAAAAGACUUAUACCCUUUAUUGAUUGAACAAUGAACAUUGUAUAAUGUCAGUUUAUAAUCGCAGCACAUGAACUGCAUUGAUUGUUCUAAAAACAAUAAACACUUAUUUUUAAAAUGAAACUGUGAAAAAGUUGGAACACUGCGAAUAAGGUGAAUUGCUUUAGAUUUUAGAAUGAUAUUCAAAAUUACUUGGCUUUAGUAAUGUGUUUUAUAGAUAGUUUAGUAGAUGAGACUAACGUUAUUGAAAGAAAGUAAUUUUGAAGAUACAAUUUUACCAAAAUAAAAUCAAACCACAGUAGCGGGAGGUAAUGCAGCUCUCAUAUCACACGCUUUACAUCGUCAACUCUUAGUCUACUUUAUUACAUGUGGACAAUACCUUGAUAUUUGUAUUAAAAUUCCACCCCUGUGAAACUACCGUGUUUAAGACUUGACAUACGGAGAUCACACCUAAGUACUGCCACAGAUUAACAAAAAUGAAUAGUAACCUGGACGAACGUCAUAUAUAUUCUAUAUCAGUGUUGAAAGAUGAGGCGUUUUGCUUGCCAAAAAGAUGCCAGAAAGAUAAAUAGUCAAAUACUGCGAGUCUAACAUAUCUUUCAACAAAUCAAAUAAAUGCGAUGUCAAAAUUGGCAACUUAUAUGUUUUCUGUUUAUCAAUGAUUCAAGCAUUGUAUUACUCCGUAAUAAAAGGAAUAGUAAUAUGAAAAUUCGAGGACGAUAGUGAAUAACUUGAUAAAACUAAAGUUCCGAGCUAGGAAAUUAAACUUACAACUACUAGCCGCUUCAGCAGCUAUUUAACCAGUAUUUUCAAUUCGGUUUAUGGACCUGACUAGUAGUUGCGAGAUCGAACCGUUGAAGGCAUACAUAUUUGUCUCAGAAGUGUGUUGACCUGCCCUGAGCUGGUACUUAGAAAAAAUAAUAAAUUUUCAAAUAAUAAUGUAACCAUUUCAUAAGUAUGUUCAAUGCAAGGCUGGUUAUCACACUAAUUCAAUACUUUCACAUCGUUACAUAGAAACAUUAUAAUAUAAAUAAGAAAAGCGUGCAUGACCCUGAUCCAUGAUUUUUAUUAAACAACUUUCAGUCAGCACUCUUUUGAUUUUCUAUGAUGAGCCAAUUACACAUAUAUUUUCAUUGCAUAAUUAUGUCUUAAGGGGUCUGUAAAGAUGUUUAUACCUAUAUGUCAUUUUAUCUAUGAUUUCUGCCUGUUUGAAUCCAAUGGUUUAUGACGCAUUACAACGUAUAAUAUACAUAUGUCAUUAUUCGCAAAUUUUUAUCGAUUCAGUCGAGUCAUAUUCGACUGAUUUUAGCUUAGUGACCAUCGCUAACAUAUGGUACAUCGAAUGAUAAUAUUAUCGAGUGGAUGUAUUUGCUUUUAAUAUCCACACAGUAUGUAUCGCUAACUUGUUUUGAGCAAAAUCGCGUCCAUUAAUGUACAUUUGUUUACAUGCAUUUCUACGUUAUAUUAUUUGAAUAUUAGUAAAAAAAAAUUUCAUUUCCUAGGUAAUAUAUCUAAGAAUAUACUUUGAAACCCAUUAGUUGAGAAUACUAUAGAUUUGUAUAAGCACAUCUGGGUUCAGACAGGUGAUUUGAUUUAGUUUUUAAAUCAAUCGAGUAACUAAAAAAGAUAGAAUUAUAUAAACGUAUAUGGUUUUCCUUGCAUUAAUUUAUAAUAUACCUAUCCAAUUUGAUAUUGUCAUAACUAAAGUAUUUGGGGCAUAUUAAAUACAUGAUGAUCCGAGAGUAUAUGAAAAACCAAAUAAAUAAUUUGCAAUAUUUCUUUACUUAAAUUUUUUAUUUAAACUUGAUAUUAAAAUGAUACACAUUGCAGUGUCAAUGUAAGCUCAUGGCUUGUGGCUAAUGUGACUCUUGCUUAUACCAUUGUCAAUGGUAUUCGUAAUUUUGAAGCCCCAGAAGAGUAGAUUACAGUAUAGAAAUAUUCUAACAAAUUAAAACUUGUAAUACAUUUUCACAUUAAAGUACAGCCCAAGUCAUAAUCUUUCCUAAACUGGCACACUGUUUUUGCCAAUGCGCGAUGCUGGCCAUACGCACAUACACACUGAUACACACACACACAAGUCCUGAAAACAAUUCCGAACAUUAAAUAGUUACAGCGUAUUCACUUAAUUUAACGACAUUUUUUUUAAAUGACUACAUAAUCUCUAAAGGUGAAUUCGAAUAAAACCUCGUGUUACUUGUUGGCACAGUGUACCAAUUUCGUAGGUAUGGUAGAUAAAUUAUAGUAUCGAUGUUCACACGUUUAUUUAUGAUUAUUAUGUGUUGGCGAUUUGUGAGCCGAGCAAGAAUUAUUACUCAGAAUUGUUAUAUACUGAACUGUUAUAUAAGAUAAGGCAAUACCUAUGUAUAUCAUUGGCCCUUGUGUGUAGUUCUCAAAACAAUGUGUGCAAUAGCAUCUUAAUACGACAAUUUGCUAUGGCAAAAACAGUGUGUAAAUAUUCGUUCUCCCCAAAACCUCUGUUCAUAUGUUAAGUUUACAAUAAUCUAGUUUAGUUUUAUAGAAAAGAAAAACAAAAAAAAACUAUAAUUACUCUAUUAAAGAAAAGUAAUUAAUGAAAAACUGAAUAAAUGGAUUAAUAUUAAUCGGAAGAGUCGGUAUGAUUAUUUGUGUUUGUCGCAUAUUUAUCGAAAGAUAAAAUAAAUAUUGUUUACGAAUAAGUAGUUGAACUAUUCAACGUAAUUCGAUUUGGUAACAAAUAGGAAUAAAAGUAAAAGAAAAAUAAAAUCAAGACAAACUCUCUCGUGUUUCAUAAUCUGUAUUUCACAACGUCUGAUGAAGAGAGUAACUUCGAGAUUGAUUUCAGUAUAAGUUUUUUCAAAUUCUCACAAUUGAUAAAUUAUUGCUUCCAUAAAGAGUUGAAAAUGAUAAUAAUAGAAAAAAGCAAAUACUAACUAAAAUACAUGAUUUUUAUUACCACAGCUUUCAAAUUUUAGUUAUGUUACUUUUGAUACAUUACAAAUGCGACAUACAGGCCUUGUAUAGAUCAAAUAUAAAUCAUAAAUUAUACACACAUGAACUAGUGAUAGUAAAACAUUUUUUACACCAUCGCAUUGUACUAGGUGAUCAAAAAAUGUUUCGUAAAAUAUUGUAAAUACUAAGUGUAUUUAAUUUCUUGAACAUGCAACAUAAUUCACGUCAUUUUUUUGAACUUAGCUUUAAGACAAUAACUGUAACAAUGUUCCCAAGGCAGUUUCGGAAAAGUCAUGUUAUGGGUAGCAUUUUGUACCUAUGCUGCAUUAUUCAACCUUUGUAAUCUAUCCCGUAACUAAUCUCGUCUUUGUCGAAAAUUAAAUUCUUGUUAAGUAAAUACGUAAUAUAACAAAUGUUUUCCAACUUAGGCAGGAAAAUAUACAUGCAUACAAUAAUACAGCGUUUUUAUGUCCAAAAUUGUAAUAUCGCUAAACUAAUGAUAAUGUAUAGGAAUACAAAGGUAAAAUACAAUUUUGUUUCGAUAUAUAUAUAUAUAUAUAAAAAAAAAACGAACAAAAAACACGACCCUUUGUCUACUUACCGAUUUUUUUUUUACAUUCAUUACUAUACCCUAUACUACGGAUGGUUUGAGAAAAUAGCCCGUUUGUCAGCUAUCACUGUGGUUAUUUAAAGCUGGUUCGUAGUGCGACUGGAUUCGGUUUCAUUCCAAAUACCAUCUGUAUUGUACAUACCACGUGUUGAGAAACCAAGUAACGAACCAAGUUAUUUAUAUAAUUUUUUUGUCAUGUAUAUUAUAUAUUAUAUAUAUACAUAUAUAUAUAUAUAUAUUAGGAGGGUCUUUAAUAGGGGUGUUUUUGAAUUUUUAUGCUCCCAGGGGCUUAAACACUUUCAGAUUGAUAAAAAAAAAAUUCCUUGAAACUUAAGCUCUCUAUGUCAACUCCAAGAUAGUACGUACUGUGACCGAAGUAUCUAUUUCUUUUUUCAGACAGUAGCACUAAUGCCCAUUAAAAUCUCGUAGUUACAGAUUUUUCGGAACAUUAUUACUCUUACAAUAAAAUAUAUACUGAGAAAGAAAGUUUUUUCCAUGUUAUUUAAAUAAAAUAUGUAGCACUAUUUUAGAGUUGAUACAGAAAGCUCAAAUGUCCAAGGAAUUUAUUUUUAACAAUUUGAAAGCGUUUAAGCCACUGGGGGCAUAAAAAUUCAAAUACACCCCUAUUAAGAACCACCCUAUUACGUACAUAUAUAUAUAUAUAUAUGUAUAUAUAUAUAUAACGUAUCUCUAAGUUGGCACACAAUCUUUAGUAUAAUGUCGUAUGUUGAAUUUCCUUCCUUGUGUCACAAUUAUUGGAUGACUACUGUGUAAAGAUGUUUGCCCUUUUCGUUCUUUGAAGAAAAAAUAAAUAAAAUGUUAUUUUGAUGGUUAAGAUGCAUAUUGGAUUUGUAAUAACAUGUGUUCGGCUAUCAAUACACGUGGAAACCAGGAUAUGUGUCAUACUUUGAUCUGCUGAAUGUUGACCAUUCACGGAGACGGAAAAUAACAUUUAUUAUGGAAAAACGUUCCUACAUAUGAAGUUUACCAAACGAUUACAUUCACAAACUUUUAUACUAUAUUUUCUAAAUUUAUUUACCCGUGCGUAAUGUGUUCAUGUUUGAUUUUUAUUCCAAUACUCACAAAAUUAUCAUUCUCAGGGUUAAAAUGAUCGAUUAUUCAACAGUCUAACACGAAAUUUAAUAGGUUUUCAUAAGUUUUUAAAUAUCAUGAUAAGCAAUAGGCUAUUUGACAGAAGCAAGUAUAUAAUUUAACAAUGCAUAAUAGUUGACUAAUGUUGCUUAUGCCGAUCAUGUAUUCAAUCAUCUCACUUAUUACAAUAUCAAAAAAAAAGUACUCUAGAGCAGCAUUUCUCAAUUUAUAAAAUAAGAGAUUGUAUUUCGUGCGGAAUUCAUUAAGAUUGAUAAUUGGAUAUAAUAUGGCUAGGAUGACUUUGUGACUUUCUAACAGUCUAUGAUUGCUCAAAUAACUUUACCAUAUAUUGUACUCGAUCAUACAAGUUGAAUUUGUUUGCUGAUUCCCGUAACAGAAAGUUUAGAUCUUGUGGCGUGGUUUUCGGCCCGCUAAAUAAUGUACGAUUAAUUAGUUGGUAGUUGCACACAUUUAUUAUUCAUGCAACAAUGUCGAUCUUGUUCAAGCCUUUCAAGCCCAUGUAUAACUUUUAGCUUUUUACAAUUUCACCAGCUGAUAUUGAAAUUCCUAUGGUCCCACAAUUGUGAAAUGCUGUCUUAGCGUAGACAAUAAAUAUGAUACAUAUUAAACGAAGAUUUAUUCAAGGUAACAAUGCGUUUGUGGAAUUAUGGAACUAUGUUUGCACCUUGGGAAAUGCACGGAGUCUGCCAUGAAUAAAUACGUCGUAAAAUUUCUAUUGCAAUAUACAAUGGAGUAUACUAUUUGGUGAAUUGAAUCGAUCCCAGCAUCAGCUAGGGUAAAAUUAAAAGAAAAUUUCCAUCGCUGAGGAAAUAAUGAUAAAAUAACUACAUAUAUUAUUAAUAAGCGGUGAAAAAAGUAUAGUAAGAUAGUAAAUAAUGGAAAAUUAAUUAAAACUGUGUCCAGUCGAUGAAGAUAAAAAAAAAAAAUUGUUCGAGAUAAAAACCAUGGUGUUGUUAUACAUAUAAAACGAUAUGAAAAAGAGGUGAAAUAAACUAUUGUAAACAUU